GCCGGGAGCGGAGGGCCGGGUCGCGAGGGGGAUGAAGACGGAGUUCCCGAACAAGUCGGAAGCCGCUCACAACACCGGGCGCCGCGCGGCAGGGCUGUGGACGGGGCAAUAGCUGUGGACCUGGGGUGUUUUCGUGCCCCUGUCUUAGGAAACGACGCGUGAGGCACCGUGCCGAGGCGUAGAGGUCACCCUCGGGAGGUUUCGGUGAAACCUGGUGGGAAAUUCCGGGCAGGCGCCCGGAGUCGCGUCCGAAGAGGCAGCUCCUGGCAGCCAGACUUGUGUUCGGGGGAGUUGAGACGAGCUGCACGGGUGGGAUUGCACGGCUCUGCCCUCCUAGCGUCCACAACUCGCAGCGACCGCCCGGGGAAGCGCGAGCUUCCUGGCUCCAGAAGUGAUGAUGCUGGGUGGAAGCCGCAGCAUGUAAACAGUUGCCGGUUGUUAUGGGAUUAAAAAAAGAUAUAUCUGCAAUGGCUAAAGGGUUAUCUUAUGAUGAGGCUUUUGCUAUGGCUAAUGAUCCCCUGGAAGGCUUCCAUGAAGUAAACCUUGCUUCACCUACUUCUCCGGACCUUCUUGGUGUGUAUGAAUCGGGAACUCAAGAGCAGAUUACCUCACCAAGUGUCAUCUACCGGCCACACCCUUCAGCUUUAUCCUCUGUACCUAUCCAGGCAAAUGCAUUAGAUGUUUCUGAACUUCCUACACAACCUGUGUAUUCAUCCCCCAGACGUUUAAAUUGUGCGGAAAUAUCUAGUAUCAGCUUUCAUGUUACAGACCCAGCACCUUGUUCUACCUCUGGAGUCACAGCUGGAUUAACUAAAUUAACUACAAGAAAGGACAACUAUAAUGCAGAGAGAGAGUUUUUACAGGGUGCUACUAUAACAGAGGCUUGCGAUGGCAGUGAUGAUAUUUUUGGGUUGAGUACUGAUAGUCUGUCUCGUUUACGAAGCCCAUCUGUUUUGGAAGUUAGAGAAAAGGGCUAUGAACGAUUAAAAGAAGAACUCGCAAAAGCUCAGAGGGAACUGAAGUUAAAAGAUGAAGAAUGUGAGAGGCUUUCAAAAGUGCGAGAUCAACUUGGACAGGAAUUGGAAGAACUCACAGCUAGUCUAUUUGAGGAAGCUCAUAAAAUGGUGAGAGAAGCAAAUAUCAAGCAGGCAACAGCAGAAAAACAGCUAAAAGAAGCACAAGGAAAAAUUGAUGUACUUCAAGCUGAAGUAGCUGCAUUGAAGACACUUGUAUUGUCCAGUUCUCCAACAUCACCUACGCAGGAGCCUUUGCCAGGUGGAAAGACACCUUUUAAAAAGGGGCAUACAAGAAAUAAAAGCACAAGCAGUGCUAUGAGUGGCAGUCAUCAGGACCUCAGUGUGAUACAGCCAAUUGUAAAAGACUGCAAAGAGGCUGACUUAUCCUUGUAUAAUGAGUUUCGAUUGUGGAAGGAUGAGCCCACAAUGGACAGGACGUGUCCUUUCUUAGACAAAAUCUACCAGGAAGAUAUCUUUCCAUGUUUAACAUUCUCAAAAAGCGAGUUGGCUUCAGCUGUUCUGGAGGCUGUGGAAAACAAUACUCUAAGCAUUGAACCAGUGGGAUUACAACCUAUCCGGUUUGUGAAAGCUUCUGCAGUUGAAUGCGGAGGACCAAAAAAAUGUGCUCUCACUGGCCAGAGUAAGUCCUGUAAACACAGAAUUAAAUUAGGGGACUCAAGCAACUAUUAUUAUAUUUCUCCUUUUUGCAGAUACAGGAUCACUUCUGUAUGUAACUUUUUUACAUACAUUCGAUACAUUCAGCAGGGACUCGUGAAACAGCAGGAUGUUGAUCAGAUGUUUUGGGAAGUUAUGCAGUUGAGAAAAGAGAUGUCAUUGGCAAAGCUGGGUUAUUUCAAAGAGGAACUCUGAUGUUCUGCGUGGGACCAUGCCUGAACUCUCUGAAUAACUGAAAAAUGGCUGAAUAUUUUUAUGGUUACUUGAUAUUUAUUUCCAAGGAGCGGGCCUAAGACUUUUUUCCCCUUUUGCAAAUUGCUCUAAGAAGUACCAUGAUUUCUUUUAAACUGAUCUAUGCUGUGUUUGCUUAUUCUUUAAUUGAAUACACUAUGAAGGAUUACAGGUGUACUAGUGAAUGUAAUUUAUAGUUACAAAAACCCUGAAAUAAAUAAAUGUUAGAUUGAAUGUGUGUACAUUUUCUCUUCUAGCUCUGACAUGGCAUUUAGGGUUAGCAGAAUGUAUUAAAUAGUAAUUUUCAAACUACACAGUAGCUUCCUUCCUUGUGAGAGGCAAAGAAGACGUCUGAGUGGACAGCACUCACUUUCCAAGGCCCCCACCUCUAGAAUGGCUUUAUUUUUGUCUGUUUUCUAUAUUGGGUUUCAAAAAGAUUAUAUUUGAAGAAAUACUUCUGCUGCUACAAAGUUUGAAAGUUACUAUUUUAAUUAUUCUGCUCUCUGUAAUUGAAAGAAUCCCUUUAUUUUGGUGAUUCAUUAAAAUAUAAUAGAAGGCAGUCAAAUUGUAUCCCAGAGAUGUAUUCCUGAGCUUCUUGAUGUAGUGUAUUCAUGUUUUAUAUGUGUUAACCACUAUAUUGACGUUGGAGGGACAUAGACGUAAAUGAGUUUGAUGUGUGUCAAAGGGGUUUAAAGGGGUGUAGGUUGAAAGAAUGGUACAUGUAAAGUAUACACUGAUCAUAGAACCACUUGACCUCUGCAUUCCAAAUUGUAAAACUGACUCUACUGGAGAAAUUAUAACAAGAGGUUUGUGGUAGAAAUAUAAUAAGUAUAGAACAGCAAAAACAAAAAACGAGAAACCACUUUAGUGUCUGUUUAGAGAAAGCUGCUGUUAAUAUUUUUGGAGAGUAGCCUUUCAGCUUUCAGAUAUUUUCUACUUACAUAUGCAUAUUUUUGAAACAAAAAGUAGGCUUUUUUUUUUUUCUUUUUAAACCUAAACAUUAAAUACAUUUUCCUUUGGGUAAAUCUACACAUCCUAAUCCCUGUUUAUAGAAUUUUAACAUAAUUUAAUUGUGUUUGGAGAUGAGGUGGUUUUCAGUUUAUUUUUCAUAUUAUAAUGCUUAACGAGUAUCCUUAUCUGUGCACUUUUGAACAGUUGAGUUCUUUCAUGUGGAUGCCUGGAGAUAAAAUUGU